CCCUGCAGAGCCCCACGUGCGGCGUGAUGGAGAGCAACAUGGCGGGCACCGAGCGCGCACGAGAGGCCAAGAAAGCCCGAGAGAAAGGCGCGAGGAAGAGGAGCAAAGAGGAGCGCGAGGAGGAGCAGGAAGAGGAGCGCGAGGAGGAGCGCGAGGAGGAGCGGGAAGAGAUCUUUAACUUCAAGAAGAAAUCUUCUGAGCACGACGAGGAUGAAGAUCUGUCAGACAGCGAGGACAGCAUCUUCUCAGGACUGGAGGAUUCUGGGAGUGACAGUGAGGAUGACGAGGAAGAGGAGCGGCCUGAUGAUGAAGAACACCUGAAGGUGGAGACUGAGCAGGUGGAGGAGAAGAAGAAAAAGAAGGGAGGAGAAGAAGAAAAGAAAGAAGACGAAUAUGAACACGACUCUUCAGAUGAGGAGGACAUCAGGAACACGGUGGGGAACAUUCCCAUGGAGUGGUACAAAGACUUCCCUCACAUUGGCUACGACCUGGACGGGAAGAAGAUCUACAAACCAAUCAGGAACAAGGACGAGCUUGAUGACUUCCUGGACAAAAUGGAGAAUGCAGACUACUGGAGAACGGUCCACGAUAAGCAGACAGGAAGUGACAUCGUUCUGUCAGAUGAGCAGGUAGAGCUGGUGAAUCGGCUGCAGAAAGGACAGUUUGGAGACGUCAACUUCAACGAGUACCAGCCUCAGGUGGAGUUCUUCAGUAAAGACCUGAUGCUCCACCCGGUCACAAACCGACCUGCAGAUAAGCGCAGCUUCAUCCCGUCACUGAUUGAGAAGGAGAAGGUGUCGAAGCUGGUUCACGCCAUCAAGAUGGGCUGGAUCAAACCUCGGCGGCUGGAGGACGACAGCAGGGGGCGCUACUACGACUUGUGGGCCUCCGAGGACUCCUCCGCUCUGGCAAAACACAAGAUGCACCUGCCCGCUCCCAAGAUCCCUCUGCCGGGUCACCACGAGUCCUACAACCCCCCACCUGAAUACCUGUUCACUGACGAGGAGCGAGCUCUGUGGGAGCAGCAGGAUCCGUCAGACAGGAAGUGUCCGUUUAUCCCCAGAAAGUUCUCGAGCCUCCGUCAGGUUCCCGCUUUUCCUCGUUUCAUCCACGAGAGGUUUGAGCGCUGCCUCGACCUUUACCUGUGUCCACGGCAACGGAAGAUGAGGGUGAAUGUGAAUCCAGAGGAUUUGAUUCCUAAACUCCCUAAACCAAAAGACCUGCAGCCGUUUCCAACAACACAGUCUCUGGUGUAUCGAGGUCACAGUGGUCUGGUUCGUUCCAUCAGUAUUUCUCCUUCAGGACAGUGGCUCGCCUCAGGAAGUGAUGACGGAUCCGUCAGGUUCUGGGAGGUGUGUUCGGCUCGCUGUAUGAAGACAGUUCAGGUGGGCGGAGCUGUGAAGAGCAUCGCCUGGAACCCAAACCCAUCUGUCUGUCUGCUGGCUGUCGCCCUGGACUCUGUGCUGCUUAUCCUAUCUCCCUCUCUGGCAGACAGACAGGUUGUCUCUUCAACAGAGCGACUCCUGUCGGGUCAUCAGGAGGCGGAGCCUGAAGAGGGGGCGGGUCCUGUUACCUGGAGUGAGGUGGAGGGGGAGGAGCUUACACAGGGGAUCCGGCUCAGACUGCAGCACCCUAAAGCCAUUCACCAAGUGGUCUGGCACGCCAAAGGAGACUACCUGGCAACCGUGAUGCCGGAUCACUCAAGCCACCUGCAGGUCUUCAUCCACCAGGUGAGCCGAAGGCGGAGCCAGAACCCCUUCAGGAAGAACAAAGGCCUGGUUCAGUGCGUGUCCUUCCACCCCGUCCGGCCCUACUUCUUUGUGGCGACGCAGCGCUCCGUUCGCAUCUACAACCUGAUCAAACAGGAAAUGACCAAAAAACUACAGGCUAACUCCAAGUGGAUCUCCAGCAUGGCCGUUCACCCCGGAGGUGAUCAUGUGAUCUGUGGAAGUUACGACUGCAGGCUGAGCUGGUUUGACCUCGACCUCUCAACCAAACCUUACAAGAUAUUACGACACCAUAAGAAGGCGGUGAGGGGCGUGGCCUAUCACAGACUAUACCCGCUGUUUGCCUCCGCCUCUGAUGAUGGAUCAGUCAUCGUCUGUCACGGGACCGUAUACAAUGACCUGUUGCAGAACCCGUUGAUUGUUCCUGUGAAGGUUCUCAGAGGUCAUGUGAUCACUCAUGACCUCGGUGUGCUUGAUGUGACCUUUCACCCCACACAGCCGUGGAUCUUCUCCUCGGGAGCCGACGCCACCAUUCGCCUCUUCACUUAGCAACCUGCCCGGCAACCUACCAACGUCCUGCAAACAUCCUGCCAACGGUCUGUGGCUGGUUGCUAGGAUACCACAGACAGUGAACAUAAACUUUGUAACAUGAUGACCUUUGACCUUUGUGUUUUAUUAAACUUUAGACUUCGUGA